CGGUUCCGUUUAGAUCAGGCCUACGUAUUUUCAAGCAACGUGUGCAGGUUUAAAACUGUGAAAUCACUGAGUGUUUUGGACAUUUUUUCACCAUGUCUUCAGCUACUGUCACGGAGAAACCCCUGGUUGGCACAAUCGACAUCGUUCUAUUUGCUUCUUUUGUCGGUGUUGUGCUUUACUGGUUCUGUGGGCGAAGGAAAAAAACAGAGACUGUUCUUUCACAGAAACUCGUGUUAGCGUAAGUAUGUUUUCGCUUUAAUAAUUGUUGUGUCGCUAUUUCGCUUGUUCGACAUUGAUUUGACUACUGCAUUUUGCGUUUUAGUAUUAUGCAAUAAACUUUAGAUUACAGAUAGCUUAAGAUUAAUCACGAUCACUGCAAUAUAUUCAUCCUGCAUUACAGUAAGUUACACUGAGUUAUCGAAAUUUCUAGUUUUGCUAGUUUUUUCUGUGCUAAUCGUAAGUCAGCCUUGAUGCUCACCUGUACUUUGUGCAUGUAUGAUGUGCCGGGGCCAGUGUUUGCAGAGAAUGCAAAUCAGCCGCUUCUUUAAUCUUUAUUUGGCUUUAACGGUUAGAAACUAUCACUGUAAGUUUUAUGUUUUGGUUGAUCAACCACAUAUUUAUAAGUGAACCAACACCUGAUGGUUCUUAUGAACAACUAAUCGCCUCCUAUUCUCACCUUUUGGUUAAUUAAUUAAUUUAAUAUGAGGAAUUAACACUGGAACUGACUGACAGCUACUACAUAAUUAUUAAUCUUGAAAACUUUUAUAUGUUUUCAUAUUGCGUAUGUAGUCCUGGGAGACCAAGGGACAAUCAUUCUGGUCGAGGGAAAUGGUGCAACAAAAGUUUUCAAGCUCAAGCAGAUGUUCCCUUUGGUCCGUCUCAAAAUGAUUCUCUCACAUGAAUGUCUGGACCAAAAUUCUUCAAAUUUAGGAACUGAGGGAUAUCAAUCUAGACUGUGCACAAUACUUCAUAGGCAGUGGAGAAGGAGGGCCGGGGGGCUGUGUAGCCUGCCCCUAAACAAAGUCUCGGGGAGCAGAAUCCCCCAGGUUUUGGUGCCGAUAAACAGUUUUAUCAUCCAUUCUGUAAAGUUAAACCUCCACCUCAUGCCUAGUUCUACCUAGCAGCUGCGCAUAUUGUCUGACACUUCUGCAUUGUUGUUGUUGUUGUUGUUAAAAGUAUCGUAUAGUUGUUUAGUAAGUCCUGUUCACUCAACAGGCCUACGACUAGAGUUGCUCAAGAAGACACAAGUUUUAUUGGAAAAAUGAAAAAAUCUGUAAGUCCAAUGUCAGCCAUUUGUUAUUUUUUAUACCUUCUAAAUCCCCAAAGUGCAAAAUUUAAACCCUUUGCUGAAGUUGAUAUUAACCUUUGUGGUAUUGUGCUAUUGGCACCUAUACUUGGGUUUAAAGUGCUAUUGUGAAGGAAAAAAAAGUCUUACAGCUGCAUUGUAGACCUUUUGAAAUACACCAUAAUACUCUUUUGAGUACAGACUUGGAUGAUGCAUUCAUCCUACACAGGGGGCAGUGGGGACACUGCCAUUUAUGGACCAAUUGUAGCUACACUGAAACCAUGGCUGUGCUCUAAAGAAAACUGAAGGGAGCUUGGUGCACUCAACCUGUAAAAUAUAGGGUUCCCAGCAUAUAAUUUGUAUGAAAAAACUAAGAUUUUUUAGUCACCCGAGGGCAAACAUUAGGAACCAUGAGCUACUAGGCACUGCUAGAGUACAGCCCUGAAAACAAUUUAAAAAAAGCGAAGCACAAGGCCACAAGCUCAAACUGUUGCCAUUACAUGAAGGCAAACUCGCUACGAAGCAACUUUUGAAUGGUUAAGUAACAUACUUUUACUUGGGUUUUAAAAUAUGCAUAUGUACUUAAUUCUAUUACCUGUUCAAUAACAAAGGUAUUCAUAGUACUUUUCAGAUGAUAUGUGGACCCACAUUAUUAUCACUCAUUGUUUUUAGUGCCAGCUUGCUGUCAUUGCUGCCUGUGGCAUUUCUUUUGCAGGGAAAAUGUAUUGCAAUAUUCUAUGGGUCUCAAACAGGAACAGCAGAAGAGUUUGCUGGUCGCUUGGCAAAGGAUGCUCAGCGUUAUGGGUUGAAAGCUCUAGUACUAGAUCCAGAAGAGUGUGAUAUGGUGAGUUAGUGUACAGCUGUACAUGUAUUUGUUAGCAGAUCUUUUCAGGAUUUUGUGAAAUGGGUUUUAGAAUAAUUUAUUGGAACAUACAAAUGAUGCAAACAAAUGUCACAAAUUCAUCGGGAUGUAAAGAAUGUAUCGUCCCACUUGUGUGUACAUAUAUGAAUAUUGUUUUUAUACUGCUGUAUGAAAAUACCAAUAUUCUUCCAGCAAUGAAAACAUUUUUUCUAAAGAAAACGAGUACCUUUUCAAGAACUGUAAUACUGUACAGGUAGUCGAAGCCUACAUAUAAUUUUCAAUAAACCACAAUAACUGUAACUGGUGUUUACUGGGAAAUUACAGUGUAGGCCUUGGUAAGCUUGGAAAAGUGUAGGUUAUUUACAGUGUACAGGCAGGUUUUUAAUGUAGUGUAAAACUAUAAAAUAAAUAACAAAAGUUGGUAAUUUAUAUUGUCAGUCCAUUUUCUCCUCUUUUGUGUGCCAUGCUACAUUAUUGUAAUCACUCUCUGCCUAGUUUGUUACCCAAUGUUUAAUUUCCUUUCUUGCCGAGGGAGUGAGAGAGUAAAACCAAAAAAUUUUGACCGAGUUUAAAAAAAUAAUAUUGUCACCUAUUCAGAAAACUCUGAACACCUGGCUGAAGUAUUGAAGGAAAGUUUGUUGUCUUAUGACUUGUCACAACAAAGAUCAGGACGUAGUAGCAAACCUCAAACCACAAACUAAUUACUGUUGCUGCUCCCUUCUUCAGUUUUCUUGCACCUGGUUGGCUUUUUUCUUGCAACACAGUAACAUUACCGUAUUUCUUCACCUAUAAGCCGAGCGAUUUUUUCAGUUUUCGAUCCAAAAUUUUGGGAGAUUUUUCACGGAGAACGGGGUUCGGCUUAUAGCCGAGGGUUUUACAUUUUAAAAAUAUACAGUUGCUGAAUAACUUUACCCCCCCGGCUUGUAGUCAAGUUAGCAAUGAAGCAGAAGUAAUAAAACACAACAAAAAUAACUUCUGAAUAUUGGUUAUUCACUUUUAUGAAAUUGGUGGCUCCGAAAGGAGCCGUUUGACGGAUACAUGCAAGGGCUUUCAACCCAAUGGUUUACUCGCCAUCCGUUUCGUUUUCGCUGUCUGUCUCGAACUCGUUCUCUUCUAUGUCUUCAUCGUCUACUUCUGGGGUUUCCUCAGAGUAGACCACAUCGUCCUCUGUUCCGUCCAAGGCAUUGGAAAUACCGCAGGUCUUGAAGGAUUUGACAACCAUCUCUUGUGGUAUCUCUGCCCAUGCUUCCUUGAUCCACCUGAGGACAAGAUUUCUGCUUUCUGAUUUCUGAUUUCUUAAAUGGCUUGUUUAGGCACUUAUCCAAGGGCUGUACAACCGGGGUUAGGCCACCAGGGAUAACUGCGACGUCAAUGUUUCGCUGCUUCAGGUCAUCUUUCACGGAAUCGGUCAAGUGAGCUCGGAAUGAGUCCCACACCAAAAGGGAACGCUCGGCACGGGGCAAACUCUGUCGAAUCCAUUCUCGGAUGCCCUGUUCAUCCAUCCACCCUUUCUUAUGGAAGAAAACACGAAGAGGACGCGGCACAACCAGAUCUCUCGGUGUACGGACGCCUUUGAAGAUGACUUUCGGUGGCAUCUUUGCUCCAUCGGCAGCAACAGCAAGAACGACUGUGAAGCUCCGCUUUUCCGCUGCGCAAGAUUUUACUGGCACUGUUCGGCUUCCACUGAAUUCCAGUGUUCGGUUCGAUGGCAGCUCAAAACGCAUGGGUGUCUCAUCCAUGUUGUAGAUGCGGGAUAAAGGGUAGUCGGCGCGUCUUCUUGCUGCAAUGACGAAGCGAUGAAACCGCACAAUGUUCUCUUCGAGAUCGGCGGGCAAUCGUUGGGCCAGAGUUGUUUUGGUUCGCAUGCUGACCGAGUGGCGUCGUUUCCAUUUCUCGUACCAUCCACAGGAAGCUUUGAAAGCAGGAUCAUCGGAGAGCUCUUUAGCUUUAAGGUGAAGCAUCAAUCCACUCACAGCAAUACCUACGAAAAAUAAAAUAACAAUCUUAUUUUGCUGCGAGAUAACCGUAGAUUCGUGACUGCAGCAUUCUUUUCGUGACAUGUUGUGAAAUUGUCAUGACAACAACAUAUUUCUGACCAAUCAGUCUCUGUUUCCCACGCACUGAAAGACAAUAUCAUUCAACUCUUCAAAAACUCUUAAAAUUUCAGACAAAAAAGUAAAUACCAACCUUGUUCUCUUUGCUGUGAAAACCACUCCAUCACUUGCUGGUCUACUUCGGGAUAUUUCGGAGUGAAACGGCCCAUCGUCGCACGUUUUGCAGACAUCUUCAGCUCUCCGGAAAGAAUAGUCACCUGGUCUCUUCUCCAGCGUCGUCCCAUGGACUUGCUUAGUCCAUGUUCUCGAGCAAUUUCCAAGUUGUUUUCUACCGCCUCAGCUUCCGUGAUAACUUUUAUCUUGAAAGCCAUACUAUACGAGGAACGGUGAGCUUUAGGCAUGAUGAUAAAAGGUAACAGCGACGAAAGGGAUACUCGAUCGACUGAUACUUUGAAACGUUUAACUGAGAUUAUUAUUGUUGUUGUGGUUAAUCUGUUGUCGCGUGGUAGUAUUUAUACAGUUCGUUGGAUCAAUUGAUAUUCAUAUCUCUUGAUUGGUUCGCUUUUUUUCUUUUGUGUUUAUUGUAAUUCAUUAGGUUUUGUGUUUAGUGAGUCAAUUUCUUAUGUUCUCCGUGAGGUUCGCUUGCUCAAAUGGCCAGUUACAAUUGAUAAUUUCGCUCUCGGCUUAUAGCCGAUGGUUUUACCUUUUUUUUGGGGCAGCUUGAGUCUAGCGUAAAGACCCUGAAAGUCAGGGUCUCGGCUUAUAGCCGAGAUCGGCUUAUAGGUGAAGAAAUACGGUAACAAUUAUUUCUGGCAUUCAUGGUUUUCAGAGUUUCACAGGAACAUACAGUUUCAUAUUACCAAGCAUCAAUUUAUAUCAAACCAUUUGACUUAGGUUACUUUGCAACUGUAAGAAAUGAUGUAUCACAAAAACAAGCCAUCUAUUGCCGUUUUUUUUUAAAGGAAGAACUCACUCGCAUGGGUGAAAUUGAGAACUCUCUGACGAUCUUUGUAAUGGCUACUUAUGGUGAAGGUGAUCCUACAGACAAUGCACAAGAGUUCUAUGAAUGGCUUCAGAAUGACCGGGAUGAUUUAGAUUGCCUUAAUUACACAGUAAGCAUGUACUUGCAUAUGUAGAAAUUAAUAAAUUAUAUAAACCAAGCCAAGCUUUUAAGGAGACAUUCUGCUAAAAUACUAGGUAUUCACAUAAAGCAAUAAACUUUUUUAUUAUAUAGAUACUGAUGAAAUACCAGGAUUUUUCCUUUUACUAAAAAAUCAUAUCUUCAUCGCGUGCAGUGAAGAUACUAAUUUUAUCUCUCAUGUGUGAGAAUAUUGGUGUCGCCAUGGUUACUAACACACUUUUGACUUUUUGGAACAGAAAAUAUAAGUAUUAUUGUCUUUAUUUCUCCUUUAUAACUUUAUAUCCGAGUUUCAUAACACUUUUGUGACAGGCAUUUUGCGAUAUGUGACCACUUUAAUUACAAUAUUUUGCUCUUUCAAAAAUGAAUAAAGAAAGUCGUGUUUUAUGUAGGAAUUUCAUCAGUAUCUAUUAAAUAAACAAACAUUACACGGCCGCUUGAGGAUACAAAUUUUAUCUUCUCGUGCUGAAAGUAUUUCUCAUAUUUCUCACUCGUCAGCUUCGCUCACUUGUGAGAGAUACUUUCAGCACUCGAAGAUAACAUUCGUAUCCCCGUGUGGCCAUGUAAUAUCCUCUAUAUCCAUUGCAAUUGUGGUAAAUACCUCUGACACAAAAAUCUAAGACCUUGAGUUUGUGAUCCAGUGAAAAAGUAUCAAGUGGUGUGCAGUCUAUUUCAUAUCACUAGGGAUAUGUGUUUCCUGGGUAGGGGAACACAUAUCACUAGGGAUAUGUGUUUCAUAGGGGAACACAUAUUACUAGGGAUAUGUGUUUCCUGGGUAGGGGAACACAUAUUACUCGGGAUAUGUGUUUCCUUGGUAGGGGAACACAUAUCACUAGAGAUAUGUGUUUCCUAGAUAGGGGAAGACAUAACACUAGGGAUAUGUGUUUCCUAGAUAGGGGAAGACAUAUCACUAGUGAUAUGGCUUAGGUUACAUGUCACUGAUCACCAAAGCCACGCGAACAACAGACCAUACCGCUAUGCUGAUUGAUCACUAGGGAUAUGUGUUUCCUGGGUAGGGGAACACAUAUCACUUGGGAUAUGUGUUUCCUGGGUAGAGGAACACAAAUCACUAGGGAUACGUGUUUCCUGGAUAGGGGAACACAUAUUACUAGGGAUAUGUGUUUCCUGGGUAGGGGAACACAUAUCACUAAGGAUAUGUGUUUCUCAUGUAGGGGAACAUGUAUCGCUAAGGAUAUGCAUUUCCUUGCUAGGGGAAGCAAGUUUAACUAACGAUAUUGUGUUUCUUGGGUAGGGGAACACAUAUCACCAGUUACGUGUGGCUCCCAGACCCUUCGCCUGGUGCUGGGCCUUUGUCUUCCUUGCCAGCUACUUUCUCUUAUUCUCCUGCUAUGUGAACCAUUUUUGACAAUCCUGCUUAAUAUGUAUAACCUAAGGGAGGUGGGUUUUCUAUGGUUUAUAGGUUUGAUUCCUAGGAAUGGUUUUUAUAUGGCAGCUUGUAGUUGUUUAAGCAGCAUGAAUUUACUCUCAUAUUGAUCUAAGAGUAUUAUUUUGGUCUGUAUUUUUAGGUAUUUGGACUUGGGAACAAAACUUAUGAACACUACAAUGCUAUGGGCAGAUUUGUAGACAAAAGGCUUGAAGAAAUGGGGGCAAACCGGGUGUUUGAAAAAGGAGAAGGAGACGAUGAUGGAAAGUGAGUUUAGUCUUUUUUUUCUAGCCACAUUAGCUAGUACAGGCAUUUAUUUGUUCUUGCCUUGUCCAAACUAGAACAUGAUAGCACCUACACUUAUCCCUUUACGUCUCAGGAGUGACAAAAAUCUAUUUUCUCUUAUGUCAAUAUGUAAUCAAGAGGAAAUAUCAUGAGAAUUGAUAAGUUGAUCACUUAAGUGAAAAUGCUUUGUUAACCAAAUAAUUCUCUUAACUGGUUCUUCAAGCAAAUUUAUGGACUGAGAUGAAUGUGGAGAAUUUUUGUGUGGAUAUUGGGGCUUAAGUUAUAAUGGAUACAUGUAUGGCCACAUGCAUUCGACGCAUGCGUAAUAACAACCUGGAGAUUAGGAUUGUGGGCUCCUCUUGUCACCUGCAAAAACUUAUCUGGAACAAAAGUAAUAUGUGUUGGAAAUGCCACCUGGUGUUGGCAUCUAUUUUUGACAGGCCUUCUAAUCGAAAUAAAUGUCAAUUUCACAAGAAUUAAGAUUGUACAGGUAAAAUUCUAAAAAUUUCAUGUGUAAGAUGUAAUUUUGUGAAAUUUGACAUUCAUUUUCGUGGGCUCCCAUGAGAAAUUUUUUUUGGUGUUGCUACAAAUGAUUUGUUACAUCUUUAGCCCUUGAAAAAUGUAAGAACGAAUGCAAUAUGCUUUAACUUAUUCUGGUACAAGAUUUUUGUCCACUGAAAAUCAAAAUUACUCAAUGUCCUGAUGGAUUCUGUCUUAAAGUCAUUUGAACUUAAAUGCAGCAUUAUUCACCAAGUUAUGAUAAGAAACUAUAUUGUUUUGUCAUUUUUUUUAAUCCUCAUUGUUCAUGUAGCCCUUUUUCUAAAAUAAUGGUGCUCUGAUCCAAGAUUGUGGAUCAAAGAGAGUGGUUGUUUGGAUUCAGAAAAUGGUUGCAUAAUUCCCUUUGUAAAUAAGGAAAAUGUUUUCAUGUUUCAGCUUAGAGGAAGAUUUUGUAAGAUGGCGAGAGCAAUUCUGGCCAGCAGUACUGAGUAAAUACAACAUCGAUAUCCGAGAAAUUAAGAGGUAAGUAAUCUACCGGUACAUCAAUUGGGCUGUUAUUCUGGGCUGUCAUUAAAAUUUCGACUUGCCAGGCUAGUGAUACAAGUAGAUGGGGAAUCAAACAGCUAAGGAUUUUUAGUUUUGUUCUAUUUGUCUUCUAUUUUCCUACAACAGUAAGUGGGGGUCACGCUCAUAACAGCCGGGGAAAAUCCCUGGCCCCUGGCCCUUAAUGACAGCCCUGGCUACUCAUAGUCAAAGACCACACAUAUUAAGGUUUAGUAUUUUUUGCUUGAAAAAGCCUAGUAGCCUUCAGUAAAUGGUCUGAUUUGUUGUUGUAGCACUCAUUUGAGGGCAGUGCUAAUUCGAGUGUAAAUAAGCACAGUCCAAGUAAUUAUUACUUGGACUGUGUGUGUUGUUUUCUUGUGUAUUAACACUUACGUAUCUGAUACUCACCUCUAAAUUUUUGCAGGAGACUGUCAUCUUGUAUUGAACGUCAGUUCAAACUUGUGAUUCAUGAGGACUUACCUCAAGACAAGAUUUACUCUGGGGAAAUGAACAAACUGAAGUCUUAUGUCACUCAGCGUCCGUAAGUAUAUAUGUAUGUGUACAGUACAAUUGGCAUUUGUUUUAUUAGAAGAUCAAGGUCAAAAUAUCUUAACGUUACUUGUAAGCAGAAUGGUACAGUUUAUCAGAGGUCACAAAUAAGGGAAAUUUUCCAUGCUCUCUGACAAUCACCAUGUACAUAAUUUUUAUGUAUAUAUGUUCAAUGAUGUAUGAUUUGUUAUGUCUUUACCCUGUUUUUCAGGCCUUUUGAUGCCAAGAACCCUUUCUUGGCACCUAUGUUGGUGAAUCGUGAACUGCACAGAGCUGGCAACCGUUCCUGUAUGCACAUUGAGCUUGACAUCACCGGCUCCAAAAUAAAGUAUGUUUAGACUGAAUUUUAAAAUAUUGUUCAUUUCAUUGAUGUUAAUACAAAGUCAAUUUUUUUUUUUUUUGCACUACCCCUUCCCAUCAUUAUCCUUUUCAUCAAUAUAAUCACUGUCAUUGUCCUCAUGAUCUAUGUACAUGUAGUGUUACAGCACCAACACUGCAAUUAUACCUCAACAAUUUUCUUUAUUUGAUCAUUUUCUACACUGUUCUUAUUUUGCAUAUCAAUGUAACAAGAGCUUUUUUAGAUGAUGUGGCACACCGUUUUCAAACCAGUAGCAGCAAUGACCAACGGAUAAUACAUAAAUUUUCAAAUAAAGAUUUUAUUUUAAAAAAGAAUCUUUAGUGGUACCCUUACCUGGCUUGACUGUAACUUAGGAAGUAGCUUGUCCUAGAGUAUUUGGCUUGCUACUCAGUGAUUAUAAUCUAGAGGUUCUGGUUUAGUUGCUGUGCUGACCAUGUGGUUUGAUAAGUUUCUUUGUAAUCUUAAGUUCAUCUGCUCAAUUUGGUUUGUGAAUAGCCAAAUGGUUCAGUUACCCACUGUCAGGGGAAACAAUCCUUUUGCCACUUGUGCUAUUAUCAGUUUUUGUUUUUAGGAGUCUGUGGACAUAAAACCUGCCGUGUGACUAUUCACAUGAAACCUCUUUGCUAGUACUUUCUGACGGAAGUUUUUUUUUUCAGCAUUUUACAAAAAUGAAAUUAGAAUUUUUUUUAAGUUUGGGCUUAAGCCUCUUUUGGGGUGAAAGGGUUAAUCAAAGUACAUCAACCUGGGUGAACAAAAAUUCACAGUAAUUAACUGACUUUGUCUUGUGUUUGAAGAUAUGAAGCUGGAGAUCAUGUCGCUGUGUAUCCUACCAAUGACCCUGAACUUGUAGAGAAGCUUGCAAGCAUGUUGAAUGUUGACCUGGAUGCUGUCAUCUCACUUCAAAACAGGGAUGGUGAGCAUAUAUUCAUUUAAUAUUUCAGUGUUUAAGUAUAUGGCUUGAUAAUGUGCCAUGUCAGUUUCCAGUUGACCCUUGAUCCACAAUGGCCAUCUUGGGAACAGAUGUAAGUGGCCGUUGUACAGGCUUCAAAUGGAAUCGAAGGAUGUUAAAAUGAGUAAAUGCGUGGGCUAUGCACCGUGGCAAAGAAAUAAAUCAUUGUGGAGAGGUCGAGCCAGGUUUGCUAUUACAGUUCUGCGUGGAAUAUCCACUUGUCAAGCUUGUAACUUGGUAGGAAACAGUCCUACAUUUAAAAGAAUGUCAGCAAUAAGAAUAUAGUUCAUUUUGAUGCAUUUGAUGUCAGUGAUUCAAAUCUGUCACAAUUGCCCAGAAUGUGCCGCAGAUUAAUACAUAAAUCUCUCAGAGAUUAAAUUGAAAAUGAGUUUUUUCACAGGAAGGAUAUGUAGACGUGGCAUAGUUUUUUGUAGUCAAGUGUGAAUACUGUACGAGUUUCUACCUGAACGGAACUUGAUUUUUUCACCAACCUUUUAGAGGAUUCGCCUAAGAAGCAUCCUUUCCCUUGUCCAACGACGUAUCGAACUGCUCUGCUGCACUAUGUGGACAUUGCCAGCGUAGUCAAGACUCAUGUGUUGAGGGAAUUAGCAGAAUACGCCAAAGAUUUUCACCACAAAGAGUUUCUCAUAAACAUUACAGAUACCACAGAAGAGGCGAAAGUAAGUCAAGCAGUUAGUUGCCUAUUGUGAUUAAUUGGAGUAAUUACAUUAGUUUUAGCUUCGCUACACUUACACUGAUUACAGAAAGCCGUUACGGCACCUGAAGGAUGAUCAUGAGGUUAUACCUAUCCUAAGAUCUCUCCUUACAGAUAACGCACCCAGCCCAGGAAAGGUUAAAAACUAGAACACACUCUAAUGGCCCUGUUUAUCGAUCUUUAGAAACAAUACCACGACUGGGUUAUGAAUCCACACCGUCAUAUCGUUGCAGUGUUGGAGGAUCUACCAUCCCUAAGACCACCACUGGAUCACUUGUUAGAGCUUCUCCCGCGACUGCAAUGCCGCUACUAUUCCAUCUCAUCAUCGCCAAAGGUAGAGUAGACUUGCAAACUACAGUUAAGGAAGCGUAAUUUCUGUAGUCAGCUAGUCUUUAUGCAAUUAUGCACAGCAUUUUUUACCGCUCAGUCUGUAGAGCACUUGACCGGGAGGUCGCGGGUUCAUUUUCCAGGACCGGACCAUACCAAUAGAGUGCCUGAUCCAGACCUUGAGAUAAGGCGGGGGGGUGGGGGAGGGGGCUGGUCAUCCAGACCCUUAGAUAAGCGGGGGCAGGUAUCCCCCAAAUUUUUUUUUCGGCCCUUCGAGCCUCAGUCUGGUCUAAAAAUAAGGGGGGGCUGGGUCCCCCGGGCACCUCCCCUGGAUCCGCCCCUGCAAUACUGAGGGUCCCAAAACAACUGAGAAAUGAAGGUACUGCCUUUGCCCUGCAAAUGGGUAGAACUUAACGUGGCUCCCAUGACCACGUAGAACGGUGGUCCCGUCUCCAGUAGAAGAUCACGUAAACGUAGUGUUCUUAAUCAAUACUUUCGUGCUAAAUACAUUGACUCUCGUUUUACACUAAUCUUGUGGUUGCGUAGUCUGCUACCCAGCCGUUUUUAGUGUCGUCACGCAACGCUCCUCUGUGGUUGCUCAGCUAUCAUUUUGCUUGAAAAGCAAGUUUUUGGGGGGUUUGAAAAUUCUUAAAGUAUAGGAUUUUUUUAGUCGUAGGGAAUCAGAUAAUUUCUGGAAUGACAAAUGAUAAAAAUUUUCCAACAAGUUUGUGUUCUUCUGUCACUCCUAUUGUAUCUCGUUUUCACACAAGAGUACAGUAAAUAUUAAGUUGAAACGGCCGCAUUUCUCUUACUUCUGACUAAAUCUACUGUGACAAUUAAAAGUACCGGAAUUUGGUGAGACUGUCUGGUCCAUGCUGCUGUUUAAGGUCGUGACUUUUUGUGCUUUGCUUUUUAAAAGAUGUACCCGAACUCCAUUCACAUCACUGCUGUGCUUGUACGAUGGACCACAUCAACUGGUAGGGUGCAGAAGGGUGUGGCCACUACCUGGCUAUCAACCAAGAGGCCCAAAGGUGAGUACUCUUUUGCAUGAAAUAAUACCUAACAAAUAGACUAUUCCCUAAAUCUCUAUGAAACAAUUGCAGAAACGAAUUGAAAACGAAACCUCUAUCAAGCGGCCGCGGUUACCUUUUGGCCAUCCCGACAAGAUUUCUCCCAUAGUUGUCAGCUCUAUUAAGCGGCCAUCGAGCGCUUAAUUCACGCUUGAUUCACUUAGUGUGGCUUUAUUUUAAAAAAUAUGAUGAAGUGAAAUACAGCCCGAGAUAGAAGGUGAGAUUUUACCAACGACGACCGCGACGUCAUUUGUGAUAACCCUUAAGAAAGGUCUCAUACUCAGGUGCAAUUCCACCAAUUCGGUUUUGGUUCAAUUAAAUGCUUUUCAUCUACAAUCAUCGACAAAAGUCUUGGGACACUUUUGCAUUUCUGGGGCGUUUACUAAUUCACACAGGUCCAACCCUUCGCCUCACCCCACAAACAAUGUUGGACGCGUGUAUCCAGAAUUUUUUCCGAGUUUCAACUUUGUAAAGGGUGGGGGGAGGGAGAACUGCAAGAAAAUUCCGAAAAGGACGCACUGUUUAAUGAGGGAACCUAGAAAUGACAGAAAAAUAUGAAUAUUGCAUUAUUGUGUCAAGGACUUUUGUCCAUGAUUUUAGUUAUUGGGCAAAUUUCGUAAUUUUUCUUCUACAUUUUCUUCCUUUGCAGAAGGAGAACCUCCUCGCGUUCCAAUCUUUGUCCGUAAAACCCAGUUCCGUCUGCCAUUUAAAUCAGUGACACCUGUUGUCAUGGUGGGGCCUGGGACGGGCUUGGCGCCUUUCAGAGGAUUCAUACAGGACAGACAUAUGCAGAAACAGAAUGGUGUGCACAGUAAAAUCAAAUUUUUAAAACAGCAAAAUGUGUCAUUUCGUGUUGUUAAACACCGAAAUAUUAGUAGCAUUAUGUAGAGGUUUCAUUGGAAUCGUCUCAACAUAGGAUUUUGUCCAAAGUUAGAACUACGUACUAAAUAAAUAGUACCAUGUGAAAGUACUGUCGGAGUGGUUUUAUUUCAAUGGUCACAACCAAGGAUUUUGUUAACACGCUCAACAAUAAGAACUACCAAGAGCCAUAAUGGCUCUUGAACUACAUGAUGAUUCACGACAUAUCUCCGUUACUGACGUUGAUAAUGAAAUGUAGUGUGUGUGUGUGUAGUAAAUGUUAUUUUAAAAAAAAGACAUUUCAAGGCGAACACCUCCCUAAAAGGGACACCUAGAGUACUCGUCAAAAAUCUUGAAACAUUUGUGUGCGUUUCCCCUUCCUCAAUGUUGAUUUGGGUAUUACAGUCGUCUCAGUGCUCCAAAAUACGCGUGGCUCAGCAUUGGGGAAGGAGAGGUGCAAAUUUGAGUGAGAACCCAAGUGCGAUAAGUGAAUGUAAGAAAGUUUCGAGAAAAUUCACAAGAAACGGUGUCUUUUUAGCUCUUUUUCAACGAUUUGUGACGAGUAUUGUGGUCCCUGUUGUUCCUCAGUAAUAUUUUUCGACUCUUUCUAAGGCAGAAAACUCCCUAAAACGGACACCUAAAGUUGGUCCUUACUGUUGUUCAAUCAUUUUCUUUUGUAAAUCUUAGUUUAAGGCGAAAACCUCUCUAAGGCAGACACUUAAACUUAUAGUGUCCGUCCGUGUUCACCCGGUUACGAACUAGUCCAUUCUAGAGACCGCGACGAAAAAUGUCCGUUCACGGCGCUUUUUACACAUUUAUAGGUGAACGCGUUUACUCAUAUAAGCGGACUCGCGUGGACGUAACCUUGUAUCAGGGCAAAAUAAAUAAGGUCUUUUUUUGUUAACAGGGAAACAAAUUGGAGACAUUGUGUUGUUUUUUGGAUGCCGCAAGAAGAGUGAGGAUUACAUAUAUGAGGAUGAACUUACCUCUUAUGAAAAAGAUGGAACAAUCGCUGACCUGCAUGUGGCUUUCUCCCGCGACCAGGUGAGACAAAAACUCUUCUUGUUGUCGUUGUCUGUUGCAAUCUUGUUAUUUGUAAAGCGGCUGUUUUAGGUAAAUCUAUGGUAAAAUGGCUUACCAAACAGGGGUAUUUUGCUUUGCAACUGUGCAGCAAAACGAGGUGAAAAGCGAUGUUGCGCGUUUUACCACCCGUGUAUUGUAACAAUCAGGCCUUUUUAACAGUAGCAUGAAUACCGACUUCUGACAGGAUAAAAUUGCACGGGACACAAACUUGCUACAAAACAAGUUGGCCUUAGGCCGGUAAAAAAAAUUAGAGCUACCGUAAAUCAUCUAUUCACCUCCCCCUCUCAAAUAAGCCCCAUCUUUUUUUCAGGGGAAGAAAGUCAAUAAGCCCCCCUCCCCUCUCCCAUAUCAUUCUUCGGUUGGACUAUAUUAAUCAAUCACUUCGUGUGGACCGAUCCAUGAUGGUUUAUUCACCAACUGGAAUUUCGGAUUUGUUUUUGAUUAUGGGUUGCAUGACCUCUGACUUCUUGUACUUGAGCUUUUCCACUUUGUAUUCUAAGUCGUUAUGGGAAAUUAAUACCAUCGUCUUUGCUAAAUUAAAUAAGCACCCCUUCUCCACUAAGCCCCCAUUAAAAUGAGUUUGAAAUAAACAAGCCCCGGGGGGUUUAAUAGAUGAUUUACGGUUACGGUAUACUCUCUACUUUCUGCAAACUGUAACAUCCUGUUUUGCUGCACAGUUUCUUCUAAAUUUUGUGACUGAAAGAUAGUUGUUGUUUUGUUCAGGAGAAAAAAGUCUAUGUGACGAAUCAAAUGGCUGAAAACAAAGAGUCUAUUUGGAAGAUAUUGGAUAAUGGAGGCCACAUUUACGUUUGUGGGUAAGAUGCUUUAGUUUUUUUAAACUGAAACAUUAUUCUAACUUUCAUUAGCAAUGCUUUCGAGUGGUAUACGGUCAGCUCUCUCUGACACGUCGGGACACCUUUGGGAGAGGCACUAAGUGUCUGUCUUAGAGAGAUGUCCGUCUUAUAUAAAUCCUUCUAAAUUUGACUUGGGUCUUAACGUUCAGACCCAAGUCAAAUUUAGAAGGAUUUGUAUAGAGUCAUCAGAGCAUAACUGGGCUAAUAUCUCAGGGACAAUUUGUCCCACAAUGCUAGUUUUUGGCAAGUAGGCCUCUUGGAAGAUGUUAUUUCAGAAUACCGGUAUCCUGACAAAUUCCAUAAUUUCACAAAAUUAGUUUUUUAUGACGUCACACUUAAGUACUCUGAAAAUACUGAGGUGCUCGUUAAGAGAGAGUCGACUGUACCAUGAAAUAUCUCACGAAUGACUUGUUUUUACUUAGUAUGCACACGCUCUCUAGGCGAGUGUGUAUACAAAGAUUUAUCAAUUCUGGUGUGGGAUGUUAACGGUAUACCACGAGAAACAUUGCAUAACAUAAGACAUAUUUAUCCUAAGUCACUCAACUAGGCUCAAUUUUCACCGCUUUCCCGUGGCUCGAACAGCGGCUGGUAAUCGAGCCUGUCACUCAACAGGACGAAGUAAAACCUCGACAUCACGGGUAAACUCGAAGACAAAACAAUUACACUAGGCAGUCUGUUAGCAACAAUUCCCAAAUGAUCAACAGCUUGUCAAUGAAUAAAGUUCGAAUUCACCUCUGUCUAUUUUACCUGCAUCUGAAGAAAGUGUCAAGUUAGCUGGCGAAUGUUUCUGAUUCUAAGUGCAGCUGUGUCUCCAUCCCGGUUUUCGCAACACUGCUUUGGUUUUGUUAGUCUCGGCUGAAAAAUUCUUUGCCCGUUGUAGUCUGUUUGAUUUCGUUUCAUAUUCCUUUUUUAACUGACUUCUAAGAAAUCCGAAUGUUAAUAUUAUUAAAAAACUUGGGUUUUGUAGUAUUGUUACAAAGUUUCUUCUGAAAAAUUUGGGAGAACAAAAAGUGCCAGCCGCUGUCCGCUCCAAUUUUGGCGGGAAAAUGUGGAGGCCGCAAGCACCGCCGGGAUUUUUUAGUGAAAUGCUACGGGUUUCUAGAUUUCUGAUUGGCUGUACUUUUUUUGACAUGGGAUAAAUAAUUUUACAGGGCUGUCACUUAGAUUCGGGGACCGGGGAUUUCUCUUCACUACUUUGAGCAUGAAUCCCGGCUCCUUUCAAUUGAAGUCUACUAAUUGCAUAUACCUUACAAUUUGAGAUCUUAGUGACAGCCAUAUUUUUUAGUUAUCCAAGGUCACAAACACUAGUAAUACUCAGUAUAAUGCAUGUCAACUACAAAAGAACCGACGGAGAAAAAAGAAAGGUUUCUUUAUUAAAAUUUAGUGAAACUGGGAAGGUGUGUCCUACGUUAGACCAGCUCGUACAAAAGGUUGAACACGGACAUCGUGCUCGAGACGUUUAUAUGUCGAAAUGGGUGAUUUUACAUGCUAUUAUUGUAACGAAGGGAGAACACUCAAAACUAUGAAAUAACUGUCUUUUAUACUUUGCUACCUUUUUUUGUUUUAGAUUUAUUCACUUUGGGGCGAGCCCACUUUUCCUACAUUUUCUUCCUUCUUAUUCAUGAGAAACAAAAAGAUAGCCCGGCAAGAAUGGUAACCUGGCUAGCCGGGUCACCGUUUUUUCGAUGGUGCGAGACAAUCAGAGCAUGCGCGAGCGCUCUUGGCUCGGGAAUCCUCCAGUGAAGGGCAAAGGGGUCAACUUUUUUUUUCUCACAUAAACGCUUGCUAAGUCUGGACGGUUUGACCAAUAAAAUGUUGUUGUUUUUUCAGCGACGCCCGCAAUAUGGCGCGUGAUGUUCACAAUUUGCUGGUGACCAUUGUAAAGGAGAAUGGAGGAAUGACAGAGAACGAAGCUGCUGAUUACGUGAAGAAACUCAGCGCUAAAGGGCGAUAUUCUGUAGAUGUUUGGAGCUAA